GCUAAUCAAGAUGGCGGAGAAUAUUUUGUUCAGGGACUGGAGUUGAAGCGGCAGGAGCGGAAUUUGGAUUGCGCGAGAGAUUGUGAUGUUGAGCGGCAGGAUUUAUUCACCCCGAACAGAGCAUCUUCAGAAGAUUGUUUCCUGACCACGUUUUGUUCUCUCUAGAGUUCAGCGAAGGAGUCCAGCUUUGGAAACUUUAAGCAAGUCUAAUGAAGCGAGCGGCUGCAAAACAUCUAAUCGAGCGCUACUACCACCAGUUAACUGAGGGCUGUGGAAAUGAGGCCUGCACGAAUGAGGCUUGUGGCUCCUCCCCAGGUUUCCGGCGCAUGGAUAACAAUGCAGCGGCCAUCAAGGCCCUGGAGCUGUAUAAGAAUAACGCCAAACUGUGUGAUCCCCAUCCCUCCAAGAAAGGCGCCAGCUCGGCUUUUCCAGAGAACAGUGCCAAAGGAGCUCAUAACUUUUCAGCUUGCAGCAACGGAAAGAUGAACCACAAGGACCUGCCUCCCGCUAGGGAAGACUUUAGAGAUUUGAAUUACUUGACAGAAGAAAAGGUGUAUGAAAUUCUGGCUGUCUGCAGUGAGACAGAGGACUAUUCCCCUCUGAUUCGUGUUAUUGGGAGGGUCUUUUCAAAUGCUGAGAGCUUGGUGCAAAGCUUCCGCAAGGCCAAGCAGCACACCAAGGAGGAGCUGAAGUCACUGCAGGCCAAAGACGAGGACAAGGAUGAAGACGAGAAAGAAGCCGCCUCAGCUUGUGCCGCUGCUGCUAUGGAAGUGGACCCGGAUGCAUCAUCUUCAAGUGAAGGAGCGUCCAAUGACAACGUCCGGAAACCCGUGGAGGUGUCGGUGGACAUUGAGGCGGUGCGGAGAGUUUACGACAGGCUGCUCUCCAAUGAGAAGGUAGAGGCAGCCUUCCUGAACGCUCUGGUGUACCUAUCGCCCAACGUGGAGUGUGACCUUACCUACCACAACACCUAUGCCACCGAUCCCGACUACCUCAACGUAUUUAUCAUCGUGAUGGAGAACAGCAACCUGCACAGCCCUGAGUACCUGGAGAUGGCACUACCACAGUUCUGCAAGGCCAUGAGCAAGCUUCCUCUUCCUGCUCUAGCAAAACUGGCACGAUUGUGGGCGCAGCAUGGUGCUGAGCACAUCAGGCGUCUGCUUGAGACCUUUCAGCAGCUCAUCACAUACACCGUUAUCAGCAAUGAGUUCAACAGCGACAACCUUGUCAACGAGGAUGAUGGCGUAGUAGCAGCCACCAAGUGCCUGAAGGUGGUCUACUACGCCAAUGUCCUGGGGGGUGACCUAGACAUUGGGCACAGUGAAGACGAAGAUGAUGAGCCCAUAGCAGAAUCGAGUGAGCUCACGCUUCAAGAGCUGUUGGGUGAGGAGCGUCGCGCGAAGAAAGGCCCCCGCGUUGACCCUCUUGAAACAGAGCUUGGUGUGCGUGUCUCAGACUGCCGCACGCCACUUGUCCCUUUUGACGAGUUCAUCAACGAGCCUCUUAAUGACGUGCUGGAAAUGGACAAAGACUACACCUUCUUCAAGGUGGAGACGGAGAGCAAGUUUUCCUUCAUGAGCUGUCCGUUUAUACUGAACGCUGUCACCAAAAAUCUGGGCCUCUACUACGACAACCGUAUUCGCAUGUACAGCGAGCGCAGGAUCACGGCGCUCUACAGUCUGGUGCAAGGACAGCAGCUCAACCCCUAUCUGCGUCUCAAAGUGCGUAGAGACCACAUCAUCGACGACGCACUUGUCAGGCUUGAGAUGAUCGCCAUGGAAAACCCAGCCGAUCUGAAGAAACAGCUAUACGUAGAGUUUGAAGGAGAACAGGGUGUUGAUGAAGGAGGAGUUUCCAAAGAGUUCUUUCAGCUCGUAGUAGAGGAAAUCUUCAACCCUGAUAUAGGCAUGUUCACCUACGACGAAAGCACAAAGCUUUUUUGGUUUAACCCCUCUUCAUUUGAGAACGAAGGCCAGUUCACGUUGAUCGGGAUCGUUCUGGGCCUAGCCAUCUACAACAACUGUAUCCUGGACGUUCACUUCCCCAUGGUGGUGUACAGGAAGCUCAUGGGGAAGAAAGGAACUUUCCGAGACCUUGCAGAUUCUCAUCCGGUGCUUCAUCAGAGUCUGAAGGAACUGCUGGAGUAUGAAGGCAACGUGGAGGAGGAUAUGAUGAUCACCUUCCAGAUCUCGCAGACGGACCUGUUCGGAAACCCUCUCAUGUACGACUUGAGGGAAAACGGAGACAAAAUCCCGGUUACUAAUGAUAACAGGAAGGAAUUUGUAGAACUUUAUGCUGAGUACAUGCUGAACAAAAGUGUGGAGAAACAGUUCAAGGCCUUCAGAAGAGGCUUUCACAUGGUCACUAACGAGUCUCCGCUGAAGUAUCUGUUCCGGCCGGAGGAAAUAGAGCUGCUGAUAUGUGGCAGCAGAAAUCUCGACUUUCACGCGCUUGAAGAGACGACGGAAUACGACGGCGGUUACAACAAGGACUGUCGCAUUAUUAAGGACUUCUGGGAGACGGUGCACUCGUUCCCACAGGAGCAGAAGAGGCUGUUUCUGCAGUUCACCACGGGCACGGACAGGGCGCCGGUGGGAGGCCUGGGCAAACUAAAGAUGAUCAUCGCCAAAAACGGGCCCGACUCGGACAGAUUACCGACGUCUCACACCUGCUUUAAUGUGCUGCUCCUGCCUGAAUACUCCACCAUGGAGAAACUAAGAGAGAGACUCCUCAAAGCCAUCACUUACGCCAAAGGCUUUGGCAUGCUCUGAGGUGUGACGAGGAGAAGGGGUGGCGGGGCGGCGGCGGCAGCAGCAAAAUAAAAAUUAAACAAACAAAAACAAAAAAAAACAACAAAGAACUUUUUCACCCAUUCAUCAAAAGCGAAAUCGACUCCCAACACCAACAUCAAGUUUUCAGUGUAAGGAUGUGAAAUGGGCUGAAACGGGAAAGUUGUGGUGACCGAGUGCCUGUGCCUAACUAAAGUAGAUUAAACCACA